CUUCAGUGGCAUGUGCUUGCUUUUGGGAAAAUCAGAACUCUUCAGAUUAGUCCUAGGAAUAAUUACUAUGUUCAUUUUAUGUUUACCUGAAUUUUUCAAAAUCCAUGAAGCUAACACUGUAAUUGUGUCAUGCAUGGACACGUGCUCACCAAAUAACACCACUUUUCCACUUUGUACUUUUAACAAUUCUUGCAAAACAUCAGUACAACAAAGAAGAGAAAACAAGACUAUUUUACUGAAGGCCAUUGUAAAUCAUUCCAACUUCCAAAAUAUUCCAUGUAUUUGCCAGUCUUCUGGAAUGGUACAACAGUCCCACACUAAACACGCAGAGUGUGAAUCCAGGGGAGACGUGAAUGUUGAUCACCAAGGAUCAGGAUCAGUAGCUAAAAAAACAAAAGGCUCACUUGAAAUGAAAACAGAAGAUGUUAUUUAUUUUUAUAAAUAUUUUAAUUUCACUAUGGUUUCUGAGAAAGAAGUAGAACAUAAAACUUACUACCUGCUGGAAAUCCACAUGAACAAUUCUACAGUCAGAGGAGGAAAUGCAGCUGAAGAAUACCUAAACCUUUCCUGUCUGGUGGCAAUGAUGGAAGACCAAAACGACUGUAUAAAUAUUUCAAUGAGACUGAAGACUUAUGUGGAAUAUCCGAUGUGUAUGACGAAGAUCAUUUGGCUCACCAUGAUUGUAGUAGUUCUUAUGUUUACUGUUUCAAUCGUCAUCUACAAAAUAAUCCAAGAUAAUGAACAAAACUAUUGUAAACACAGAGUAACAGCAUCAUUUUCUACUAUUCUGAGAAGAAAUGGUUCCAGACACGCAAGAAGAACCAUAUCUGCUACUAGAAUUCACCCUUUUCCUGUGAAACCCAGCAAACAACAGAUUCCACUGACUGCACAGACCACAAAGAUACUGCCCAUAAUUCGUGUACAAGAGCACUGUCAUGUGGGUGCACCGACUGUAGAAGUUUCAGAUGUCACCAUGUGAAAUAUCAUUACUAUUGGAUGAAAGAAGACACAUCAUACAUACACCACAGAGGAAAGCAUCUCUAUUUCCAGUUUGGGGAGCUGUUUUCUGCCUUUUCAUGAGAAUACCAACUGUGCAUUUUAGUUGAGAAGCUCCAUUUUGUCCAUCACCACAACUAUUUGGUAUUAAAAGAAUAUGAGGGACAAACGUGUUUCGCUGUAGAAACAACUUGAGUAGGAGAGUAUAGAUUUCACAUCUAUUUUCAGUUCAUUUGGGGUUUAUACUUAAUCAUACAGCUGUGAGAGAAACCUUGCCACAAUUUCAUUCUCUAUCAGAGAAGAAUGUUUUAUAUUCUCCAUAGGAUAAAAAAGUCUGUUUAAAGACAGAAAUUAUCCUCUACUUUCAUGAAACAAGCACAGUUUUCAGCCUAAUUAAUGCUCUAGGUGAUUAACUUGCUUAAAAGAUACAAUUUCUGGCUGUUGAGGAAGGUAGCUGAAAGAUCACAAGAGAGAAUUGUGCACUACGUUUCAAUUUCUUCAGUAAACCAGGAGGCCUUCAGAAAUUCUGUAACAUCUUAGUUGAUAAAGAAAAAAAUGUCGAAAAACAAUAAUGUGGCUUCAAACCACAAAAUUGUUAUUAUUGUUUUUUAAUAACACAUUAAGACACAAAUGGGGUUUGUACUUUUUGAUAAAUUGCAUUUCUAUCUUUUGUACUGGCUGAGGUUGUUAGUAUUCAGACUCAUUAUCUCCUGGAACUUUUCCUUCCUUUCCAUUUAUUCCUGCUCCUCUGAGUGCGACAGACCUGUUUGGGCUGCGCAGGGUCCAGACUCAUUUGGUGCUCACACACAUGCACAUUAUUUGUGGCUACAAUUUGUGGGUACAUCAAUUACAGGGCAGAGACAGAAAUUGCAGAGCCAGGAUUUGAGACUCCCCUGAGCUAAAUCCAUCAGGAUGAACAGAUUGUAAACUGCCCAUUGCAAAUAUGAUAUGCAGCAAUUUAGCACCAUGUUAAUACUUCAUAACCUCCAUCCCUUACAUUUAUAUAGCUUUUUCCCUCCUGAAGCUUUCCGAAAUUGCUUUUCCCGUCAUCGUACCGCACCAAGCCGCUUUGAUUUAAUAGGAAUAUUGUGAACAUUAGCUUCUGAGUGAUUUGAGGCCAUACGGAAUUUUUUCUAUUUGGUUGGAUAAGUCUGAAGCAUUCAUUUCUAUUGUUUGUUACCAUCUUACAAAAAAAUCAGAGAAAAAUACCGACUUCCUUGAUUUGGGGGCUUUUGAGGCUUUAUUGCUUAUAUGUGGUGAUAACUUAGAGCUUUUCAGAAAUGGAUUUUUUAAUACAGUCAAUAAAAUAAACCUCAC